AAGAAGUCGUUAAACAUUCGGAGCUUCUGAAAGCGAGGCGUUCGACAGCUAGCAUAGCUAACAACAGACACGAAAGAAACAAACGCGUAAAGUGUGCUUCUCUAAUCGGGCUGUUUUGUCCGGCAGCCCAAAUGCACCCGGUGAUAUUCCUGCAGUUAUAAUCGUAUAAGAGAAGUACAGUAUAACAUCAACAUUUUGUUUUUAUACGACCUGCAGUCAUGUUGUUAAGCUAGCUAGUCCACCAACAAAUCAAUAACCAGCUAGCAAAAAUAAACGCUUGUUCAGCCAAAAUGAAUUUGCUGAGCUACUUAGAUUAAUAUAUUAGUCACUAUGCAUGCAGUUUAUUCGUGUAAUUCAUGAGUGACUGUUUUAGUAAUCUGUCUGUUUUGAUUACUUUUAUCAUUGCUGCUAAAAUGAAAUAGCACAACUUGGUUUAUUUUACAUUUACUGAAUAUUAAAUCAUCAAACUCGAAGUUAAGUUUUAAAAUCGACUAGCUUGUGACCAAGAAGCUAUUUAAGAUGGAUAAGAAAUCUUUUGACAUUGUUUUGGACGAAAUAAGAAAGUGUGUUUUGACAGACCAGAGAAUUAAAGCAAUCGAGCAGGUGCAUGGGUAUUUCUCCAGUGAACAGGUGAUCGACAUUCUGAAAUACUUCUCUUGGGCAGAGCCACAGGUGAAGGCAGUGAAAGCGUUUCAACAUAAAAUGGUGGCCAUCCCUACAACCAAGGUUGCAAACAUCUUGAACACUUUCACAUUCUCGAAAGACAAGCUCAUUGUGCUUGAGCUUAUAGCUCUAAAUAUAUCUGAUGCUCAUCAUUACUUACCAGUGGAGGAGCAGUUCCACACUCACCUGUCAGAGAAGAAACGUGCACGACGUAUCCUUGAGCAGGUGUGUAAGGUGGGAUGUAAAGCUCCUGUGGCAAUGGUUUCCUCCUGUGGGAUGAUCCCUGGGAAUCCUUAUCCUAAAGGCAAGCCCAGCCAGGUCACUGGAACUUUCCCUGGAUUGCCUCCUAGAAAGGAAGGAGAGGAGGUGAGUACAGAAGGGAAAGGGAUCGCAAACCGCAUCAUUGGACCCAGCAAACCGUCUCCUUCGACCUACAAUCCUCACAGGCCGAUUCCUUACCCAAUUCCUCCCUGCAGGCCGCAUGCCACCAUUGCACCAAGUGCGUACAACAACGCAGGCCUGAUGUCAGUAGGAGGGGUCAUUACAGCAAAUGUGCCCCCUCCACCCUACACUGCCACUCCAAAGUCAGCAGCUUAUGCUCGACCUGCCAGUCAGAAUCCUUCUUCCGCUGUCUUCGCCACCUCAACUGUCUCCCCUACCAGUUCAGCUCCUCCUACUCCUGUCAACUCUCAGUCUCAACCCACUACUCCAGUGACCCCUGUUUUUCCUGGUGUAGUCUCUUCUCGAAGUCCUGUUACCCCAUCUCCUGGCCCUGCCCCAUCUUCAUCAGUUAUUAAAAGCCCUCCAUUGCAUGCUGGCUCUCCUCAGGUUACACCAAACCCCAGUGGUCAUAGCACCCCUACUUCCACUGGUCUUCCAUCUUCUGGAAGAAACACACCCUCAGUUAUCAGAUCUCACACCCCUUCUGGCACUCCCGGCAUACCUCCUCCACCCUACGGGACGUCCCGGUCAGGAACACCGUCAGGCAUUCCCACUUCCAAGGGGUUAGCAGAUCCUUCACAGAGUAUAGCACUUUCAUCCUCCAAGGGCUUUCUGCCUUCUGCUGAGCUCCAGUUAAAUUCUGCUAAUUCAAAAUGCUCUAACAAUUCAGUCAUUCGCAGUUACACACCCUCAGGCAUGCCACAUGGACGCUCCACUCCUAUGCAGGUAAUGGGUACGUUAUCCUCAGGUACCCCAGUGACCUCCUGUACACCCAGUCCCAAGCCAUCUCAGACUGGCACAGUUAAUCCUGCCUUGUAUAGCGACCAGCUCUCAAACUCAGUGGUCCAGCAUAGUGGAGGCAGUGGCAGUAACAGCCCUGUCCCCUCUGCCUUCAAAGGGCCAUCAUCCAGGUCAGGCACACCCUCGCUUAGCUCAUUAGCAAUGCCAAAUUCUGCUGCCCUCGCCCGAUCAUUGGGCUUGAGCCACAGUGCAGCCUCUCCUCUGGGCACCCUAGGUUCCCAGCCUGGAGGCAGUCCUGCCACACCAUUCCAAGGCAUCUCUCCUUUUCCUACACUGUCCACAGCAUCACCUCUAUCUGGAGCUCAAUCCUCCAUGCACUCUUCCAUUUCUUCUGCUCCGCCAACACCUUCCAUUGCUUACUGUGACCCCACUGGGGCUUCCUCUCCUUCACCCUUUGGCCUUGGACUCAACACAACUCCCUCUAUGAUCCCAGGCUUGGCCCCAGGGCAGAACCCAGCUUUCCCUGGGUUUGGGGGUUCAGGUCCUCCAGCAGCAGGCAGUCCUGUGCUUUCCUCUUUUAUGGGGCUUCCAGGUGUCUCUUCCUCAGUGGCCACAGUGGCUCCUCUACAAGCAGCUGCAGUGGCGGCAGCAGCAGGUGUUCCAUCCACUUCACCCGUGCUUCCUGGAUUUGCUUCUGCAUUUAGCUCCAACUUCAACUCAACAUUGGUGGGCCAGCCAGGUGGUGGUCUUCAGGCCCCAGGAGGGGCUGCAUUUCCUGGAUUGCUGUCAUUUCCUGCAGGAGUUCCUGGUUUUACCUCCAGUGCUGCUCCUGCAGCUCUCUCAGGCCUCCACAACCCAGCAGUGCAGUCGGCUUUGCUGCAGGCUCAUUCUGCAUCUGCACUGGAAAGCUUUUCUCCACAACCUAAUGGCUUCAGCAGCUAUCCUGCAGGGUCUCCAUUUCCCCCUCCAGCUGCAGGAACCCCCUUUCCCCUCCAACCCGGUCUUCACCCACAGCUUGGCUGGCAAUAAUCGGUUGUAGGAUACCCCAUGAUAUUACAAAUCCACAGUAAUAUUGUGGACACCUCAAAAUACAAUCAUUAUCCUUGGCCAUUAUCUCUCUUGGGGAAAGUUGUCUAGCAUUAUGUUUAAAAGCCGCAUUGCAUGCAAUAACCACUGUAACAGUUCAACUUAAAAUUAUUAUGCUAGUAUAAAAAGCUAAUAAUGGAAAAAUAGAGUUUUGUGAUUAACACUGUAAUACCAGGUAAAAAGUGGUAGCCAGUUUGAAGUCCAAGUAAAAGAAUAAAUAAAGCUUAUGUUUGCCCUGAAUGGAACACUCCAACCUGAAAACAUUAAAAAUGUUCUGGAGUGCAAUUCUGACAGCUGAUAAGACAGUUGUGCAGUUAAUGCAGACAUAAGAUCCACAAGACAAGCAUGAUAACUUGAUGGUGGUAUUAGCAUGGAAGUUGAACUUUUGGGGAACUCACCUAUUAAGUGUAGCUGAGGAGGAAUUUUUCCUUUAACAGAAACACAAUGUAUUAAACGGAUUAAAAAAAAAUUGGGCAUUUUUCAUGAUAUGAAAACUAUUGUUACAAGCUCUGAUUAAAGGAAGCAGUCGUAGUAUGAGUACCUCAUUGAGCUGAGUGAGUGAAGGGGCGAAAGGGUGCAUGAAAUAUGGAGUGAGACACUGAGCAUUCUAAGAAUUAAUGUGGUCUUUAGUGAGUCACUUAGUGUGUAGAGGCUGGUUUAAAAAUCAGCAAUGCUCAGAAAUACCAGAGAUUGAGCGGGAGUAAACAAAUUGAAGAUUUAUUUGUUGACCUGCAGCUCUCUUUGAUAUGUGUAUUCUUGUUGAAGUCUAAGAGCUUAUCUGAGCAAUGAUAUAAUGAUUUGAAGAGAUAUACGUUUUGGAAUGUAUGGAAUUAACACUACAGUAUUGUGUGGUGUUAAUUUUUUUUUAAAAUAUAUAUUUAGCUGUAGGACCUUUCCUUUGUUUAACAUAUUGUUUUUAAACAACCAAACCAUGAAAAAAAUAUGGAUGCCCAGCAUAAGUACUGUGAAGAGGACUAUCUUGAUGUUUUCCUCAUUCUUCCCUAGAACUGCGCAAGUUAGAAUUUCUACCAUGAAUUUCUUCUGUUGGUAAUAUACUGUAUGUGUAAAUACCCGUGACAAAUGAAAGCAGCUGUUAAAUGUGUAUGAUGUGUGUUUGAUUUUCUUUUUUAUUAUUAUUAUUUUUUAUUUUUUUUAAUGAUUUUUUUUUACUUACUGGUGUCUGUAUAAAAGGAAUAUGGGUAAAUAAGAUUUCUUGAACUAGUCAUGGAUUUACACAUGUUUUUAGAUGAAGUUGAUGACUAUCAAUUACUGUACUAGACAAAACAGUAGGUGUAGGCUGCUUUAUUUCCUAUGAAAUAAAUAAAAUUUUUUCUACAUGC